UAAUUUGUUGGAGGUGAUGGAGGAAGUAAUCAAACCCUCAUCAUCCUCCUCCAACGCGCACAAGUCUGGAAAUUAAAACCACAAAGCUAGCUAGGAAAUUAAGAAGGUCGUCUCGUGAAGAAAAUGGCGAAGCUGCAACUUUGUCUAAUAUUGUUUGCAACUAUCGGCUGUUUUCUAAGCGGGCUGCAGGUACGUGCAAUGACGCACAUCGUUGGAGGAAGCUAUGGCUGGCGUCUCCCUUCAGCUAAUAUUUCCUUUUACCAAGAUUGGGCCAGGCCGAGAAAUUUCACUGCCGGAGACAAACUGGUCUUCUUGUUCACAACGGGCUUGCACAACGUGGUAGAGGUUAAAAAGGAGGAUUAUGAUGAGUGCACCCAGAAGCAUGUGAUCAAAACUUACACAAAUGGACCAGCAAUUUUUGAGCUCACCAAACCUGGUGAUCACUUCUUCAUUUGUGGUCUCAGCAAUCAGUUCUGCAACGGUGGCCAAAAGUUGAGCAUUAGGGUGAUGAACGGAGAUACGUCUUCCGAUGGUGGUGGUUUAUUUGGGAUAAUUACCAAGUCUAGCUCCAGCUCCAGCUCGGCCGAUUCCAUUUACAGUCUCGGUAUGCUUUCGGGUUUGCUUCUUGCACUCAUGAUGAUCAUCAAUAUCAUAUUUUUUAUAUAAAAUGAUGACGAUGAUCAGCUCGAUCUGUGUAAAUUAAUUGAGAUUUGAGAUCUUUAAUUGUGAGCAUUAAUGUGAGAUCGAUGCUAGCUAGCAGGCAUGCAGUAGUACUUCAUGUACUUAGACUCUCAAAUAUUGUGACUUCAUGUUUUCAUGAACUCUUAGUUUGGUAUUGUUGUUGGGUA